AUGGCAGUCACUCGCUCCGGACAGGUGUGGGCAUGGGGGAGAGGGGAGCACGGGCGGAUGGGGUUCGGCGACGAUAAGACAAUCAAAGCCGUGCCAACUGUUGUAACACUGCUGGCGGGAGAAACGGUGGUGCAGGCCUCGUGUGGCGGCACACACUCCCUUGUUGUCACGCUUGACGGGCGAAUGUUCACUUUCGGCAGAGUGGACGACGGCAGGCUCGGGCCAGCAGGCUCGGUAACAACAGGCGACCUCGUCAGAGUCCCUCUCCCAGGGGAUCCCGAUGCUACCUUCCACCCGGACGACCAUCCGAACCUGCACAGAAGGCUCGGCAGCAUCAGCCGCUCCCUCAGCAACUCCUCUGAGCAGCCGAGAAGCCGAUGGCGGGCGGCAUUUGCGGUGUGUGGUGGGCGGCACAAUUUGGCACUAUUGUGUCCCGAGGAGGAUCUGUGUGAGGCAGAGGUGGUGAACAUGAGACAGGAGGAGGAUGUGAGCCUUCUGUUUUGGGGCAGUGCGGUGGUUCCGAGAGUGAGGUACCACAGGGGGGUUGGCAAGUAG